CUAUCUAUUCUGUCUUGUCAGUGAGUCAGUCUACUGAGAUCAACGUUGGGUACGAGGUACAAUUGCUGCAACAGACUUCGGGUAACUUCACGAGUCUUCCUUGUAUUUUUUUAGUAACGUGAUUAAAAGAGAAUUGAGAAAAAUGCCACGACGUGGACGUGCUGCCGCUCCUCCUCCAAGAACCGUCAGGCCGAGUUCACCCGCGCCAGCCCCGUCCCGAGUACCAGCCCAUGCUCCGCCGGCAUCACCAAUGGUAGCUCAGCCGCAACAGCCAUCCCUCAUGGGUCAAAUGGCUGCCACCGCUGGUGGUGUCGCCAUCGGGUCUGCCGUAGGACAUACCGUCGGUCAUGCCAUGACGGGACUCUUCAGCGGAGGCAGCGAGGCUGCCACUCCUGCUGCCGCACAAGUACCACAAGCUGCUGCCAGUAACACAGCUGCGGCACCAGCUGCUGGUGCUUGUUCGUGGGAGGUCAAACAGUUCCUGGAAUGCGCUCAGAAUCAUGACUUGAGCCUUUGCGAAGGAUUCAAUGAGGCGCUCCGUCAAUGCAAGAUAGCCAACAAUAUUAUGUAAAUUGAGAUGCGGCGAAUCUAGAAAUGUCUAGGAGAAAUUAAAGUACAUGCUCUACGAUCUGUAGACCGUUGACGAAAUUUCUGUUUCUUUUUAUUGUUAUUACACACUGUAGAAUAAAAUAGUCCCGGAUUGAUCCAUAAGAUAGUAAUAAAUUUGUUUCUUUAAA